AUGAGAAAAGCAGCAGUUCUAGGUUCAAAUGACCAUAACCCAUCUAACAUGUCAAGUCCACCUCCUCAAUUUGAUUAUAACUCUGGCAGGUAAACCCCUCACAUGCUUGGAAGUAAUACCGAGAAGCCUUUAAUAAUAGACAUGGGAACUUAAUCUAUAAAGAUAGGAUAUUCUGAGUUAAGUUCUGGUGAUAGAUUCCCAUCGAUGAUGAUUCCUACUUUGGUAGGCUACCCAAAGCUCACUAAAUCUGCCAUAUCAUCUUCUCUUCUUAGAGAUGAUUAGACAUUUGUGGGUAUCGAGGCCUUAAAACGAUCUCCACUUCUCAGUUUAAAGUAUCCCAUAGAACAUGGCAUAAUCCUUGACUGGGAGGAGAUCAAUUUACUCCUAGAUCAUGCAGUUUUGCAGUGUAUGAAACUCAAUUUCUCACAGCUGAACAGCGGAUUGAUGAUGACUGAGGCUCCACUUAAUCCCAAGAAAAAUAGGGAAAAAAUGACACAACUAGUUUUUGAACAGUAUCAAGUGCCGAAGUUUCAAAUCUCAAUGCAGUCCUUGAAUGCCAUAUACGCUGAAGGUAUGCACUCAGGUCUCGUGCUUGAAUGUGGUGAAGGUAUUAGUACUUGUGUACCUGUAGUCGAGGGCUAUGUCCUUUCACAUGCCAUUACUCGAAUGGACAUUGGUGGUAGAGAUAUCAAUGAGUAUCUAAUGGAUCUCCUCAAGAACAAAGUUGUCUUCAACACUACUUUUGAAAGAGAAUUCGCUCGAGAUAUCAAAGAACAGAGCUGCCAAAUUAAAACUAACUCAGCCUUAAUAAAUCAUAAUACCUUUACUCCCGAUAGAAAAAAAUAUUCACUGCCUGACGGAAAAACUAUAGAGAUACAUAAUGAGCAAUAUGAUGCCCCUGAAAUUCUGUUUAAUGAUUCAUUAAUUGGUAGAGAUGGAGAGGGUCUUUAGCAUUUAGUAAUCAAAGCUCUUGAUAAAUGUGAGAUUGAUGCCAGAAAAACUCUAACCUAAAAUCUGGUAAUUGCUGGUGGUACCUCUAUGCUCAGAGGCUUCUCAGAAAGACUUUAAACUGAACUCAUCAGUCUAAAUGAAAAGGAGGAUAAACCUUAUAAUAGUUUUAACAUCAUAGAGAAACCCUACAGAAGAUAUAUCUCUUGGAUCGGAGCAUCAAUACUUGCAUCUCUAAGUAGCUUCUAGCCUAAAUGGAUUACUAAAAAUGAAUAUGAGGAACACGGAGUGUCGAUUAUUCACAAAAAGUCUAUGAUUCAGUGA